UGAAAAUUCAUUUUCAACACUUUCAAAACAGCUGAUAUGAUAUUCAUUUUAUCAUUUUGGAAUGAAUAAUUCAAGGUGCUUACGUGUACCACAUUUAAUCAAUUCUCAUUCUUUUCCAUCGUUCGAACAAAAUCCGUAAAGGAAUAAUACUAAUAUAUAAUAAUGGCCACUAAUCCUGGAACAUCGGUACAGCCAACACAACAGGCUACAAAAAAUAUAACAAAUGAAUUAAGGCAACGAGUAUUACAGCGUAUGCGAGAAACGAUAGCUAAAACUGGUCUACCCUUUGUGCCAGAAGAUAUUGAAAAUACUUUGUACAAAAGAUAUCCAACACCAGAAGAUUAUUGGAAUCAUGCACAGAAUUUUCUUAAAACUGUUAUGGCUAAAAAACAACAAUCAAUGCAACAACAACAGCAGCAGCAACAACAACAAAUGAUGAAUCAAAAUGCGAUUGCAUUACAUAACAUGGGUGGUGGUGUUGGACCAAAACCAGUUGGAACUCAUAUGAUGAUGACUACAACUGGUGGCCAUCUUAGUGAUUCGAUUCAUCAACAACAACAGCAACAAAAAUCACAGCAAAUGAUGGCCACAAAUAAUUCUCAGCGUCCAACUUCAGUUACAAUGAAUAAAAUGAUGGCAAUACCAACAGCCGGUAGUUUUAUUGGUAAUAAUCAACAACAGCAACCAAAUACAAAUGUAACAGCCAUAACAAAUCAAUCGGGUACAGCAAACGUGGUUCUCAAUGCCAAUCCACAAAUGAUGACAAUGGCCGCUAAUAAAGCUAAAAUAAUGGUCAGUAAUCAACAACAAUUUCAACAACAGCAAGCAAACCAACAACAAUUGGCUGCAAUGCAAAUGCAACAACAGCAAACGAAUCAGAUGACAGUUGGAUCGAAUCAACAACCAACAAUGACAUUACAAUCACAACUUCAACAACAAGGUACGGCAAGUGCUCGGAUGAUGCAACCGAAUCAGAUGAUGAAUCAACGAAUGUUGGCUGCUACCAAUGCAAAUGCAAGCCAAAUUCGUCAAAUUAAUCAAAAUAUACAGUUACGAAUACCUCGACAGCAAUUACAACAACAAGCCCAACUGGCUGCCGCUAAUAUCCAACAAACUGUUUCCGGACAAACCCAUAUGAUGAGUACUAUUGGCCAACAACAGCAACAAACAUCUCAACAACCAGGAUCGGUACCGAUUCUAGUUCUACAACAUCAACAACAGCCUCGACAAAUAAAUACACAACAGAUUCAAAUCCAAAUGCAACAGCAGCUACAAAGUGGUCCGUUCCAGGAUCAACAUCCUACAUCACGUAUGACUACUUCAACAGCUAUUCAACAACAACAAUUCAUCAAUAAAGCUAAUCAAAUGCAACAUGUUAACACGGCAAACAUGCAAUCAACUAUGGCUCAACAACAACCGCAACAAGCACAAAAUUCUGCUGGAAACAUGGCGCAAGCUGCUCAAUUUGCUAAUCAAUUUGGACAACAAGCACAAAUUGUAACCGGAUCUUCUACUGGCGGUCAAACCUUAAUAUCACAUCAACAACAAGCAAUUGCUGUAGCUCGACAACAUCAACAACAGCAACAGGUAUCAGUACAAUUAGGACCAGGUAAUCAAGCAACUAUGAUGACAACGGCCAACACUUCGAUACCUUCAAACGAUAAUAAUGUAAUGGGAGGCGGUGUAGGUCCUGUUGGUCCACCGAAUAAAGGUUUACUUUCGGCUCAGAUUCUUACUGCAAAUCAGCAGCCACAAUCACAACCAUCGCAACAACAAUCAAUGGCAGGUGUUGGGGUACAGCCAACACAACCAAUGGGCGCUCAACAACAACAGCAGCCUAAAAUAUUGGCAACAAGUGGAUCGGUUCUUGGCGCUGGUCAAACAACAACAAUGAUUCCAGCUAACCAUCAUGCUCAUCAUCAUGGCUCACCAGUGAAUUCUAAUUUUAUCGGUACAGGCAGUCCAGCAGCGCCACAAUUGAUGCCAUCACCAGCAAGUCGUCCACCGCAUUCUAUUGAAACGCCAUCACCACAGAAUCAGCCGUUGAACACACCUGGAUCGGUACCAACAGCACAAUCGGCUCGUACUAAAGAUCAAUUGUAUCAGGAAAAAUUACAAUCAAUGCAAAAAUAUAUUGAACCAUUGAAAGAAGCUAUGCAAAAAAAUGAUAUGGAUGAUUCUAAUAAGGAUAAAACACGAAAUCUUUAUCAGAUUUUAACCGGUGUCAAUCGUACAACAUUAGAAUUGUUGGAACGAUGUGAAGCAUCACUUGAAUCACAGGCUAAUUUUUUAGCAAAUAAAAAUUUAUCAGCCAAUAAUGGAACUAUGGGUAAAAUGGAUAUUACUAAUCAUAAUAUAAAUAUGGCAGAUUUGCCAUCAUUGAAUAAAUCUAGAUUAACAGCUUCUGGUAUGAUUCCUACAAUGUCAUCACUGUCUUUGUUAAGUCAAUCCGGUUCAUCGACCGUACAUUCACGAAUGCAAGAUACUUGUCAGUCAUUAUUGGAUGCUGUUACACGUAAUUUUCGUAAGCCAACAUAUUUUCAUGUUGCACAUAAAACAUUUGGUCCAGCAUUAUCCGUAUUGAAUCCUGAUCCUUAUCUAUUGGCACAUCGUGUUAAUGUAAGCGGUAAUUACAUUUGUUAUAAUAAUGUUUCAGGAAAAACAAUGAUGAAAAAAGCUGGCCUAGUUGAUCGUCGUAUUGAAACAUGGAAACGACGAAUGAAUCGUUUAUCGCAUAAAAAACCAUUACCAGAUAUAUUACAAGGUGAAAUUGCUAGGCUUGAUCUACGUUUUAAGGUUCAAGCAUUAUCGGCACGUAGAUUUGGUUCAUCUAAAUGUCAACAUUUACUUUGUCGUUUAGAUGAUAGCCGUUUACCAUCCGUACCACCAAUUAUUGUCUAUAUACCAGAAGAUUAUCCAAAUGUUCCACCAUAUUGUGAACUUGAAUCUGAACAAUAUAAAAAUUGUCAUUUUUUCUCAAGAAUUUACUCAAAUUUUGGCUGUAAUAUGCGUCAUAUGCCAAUGAGAUAUUCAUUUACAUUAUUAUUACAUAUUUGGGAACGUAGUAUACAACAAGCGAUGUGUUCAAUAUCGGAUACAUCAACUUCAUUAUUAUCAUCAUCAUCAUCAAUGAUAUCAUCAACAUUAUCACCAUCUUGUCCACAACAGCAAGAUCAAAUGAAUAAUAAUCAUGUAACAGUAGAUGUUAAUGGCCAUAAUGGUGAUAAUAUGGCCAAUAAUAAUCUACCAAUAACUACAAUAACGAAAAAUUAAUAGAGAAUAUUCGACAGAAUUUCAACAAAAAAAAACAAAAAACAAUAAUUCUCAUUUAAAAAUGUUUAAAUACUGGGAAAAAAAUAUACAACAACAACAACAAAAAAAUGGUGCAAUUAAUCAUAAAUGCCGUAUAUGAAUUAAACAUUUUCUUCGAUUGCCAUGCAAA